AUGUAUAUUAUUAUGAGGACAAAGACAGGGAUCUGUUUGCUGCAGGAUGGUAACCAAGAGCCUUUCAAAGUACGGCUGCACCUAGCCAAGGACAUUCUGAUGAUCCAGGAGCAGGAUGUGAUUUGUGUGUCUGGUGAGCCUUUCUAUUCGGGUGAGAGAACAGUCACCAUUAGAAGACAAACUGUAGGAGGAUUUGGAUUAAGCAUAAAGGGAGGAGCAGAACAUAAUAUCCCUGUUGUCAUUUCAAAAAUCUCCAAGGAGCAAAGAGCGGAGCUGUCAGGUUUACUCUUUAUUGGGGAUGCAAUUCUACAGAUAAAUGGAAUUAAUGUGAGAAAAUGCAGACAUGAAGAAGUGGUUCAGGUUCUUCGGAAUGCUGGAGAAGAAGUGACCUUAACAGUAUCGUUUUUAAAAAGAGCACCUGCUUUCCUCAAACUCAUCUUAAAUGAAGAUUGUGCAUGUGCUCCCAGUGACCAGAGCAGUGGCACCUCCUCACCUCUUUGUGACAGUGGCUUACAUCUCAACUACCAUCCCAAUAAUACGUGCAGGCAAAAUGCUUUCCAAGUCACUGCUGUGGACGGGGUGUGCAGUGGGAUUAUUCAGUGCCUCUCUGCUGAAGACUGUAUAGACUGGCUACAAGCAAUAGCAACAAAUAUUUCAAACCUCACAAAGCACAAUAUUAAAAAAAUCAACAGAAAUUUCCCUGUAAACCAGCAGAUAGUCUACAUGGGAUGGUGUGAAGCUCGGGAGCAGGAUCCUCUUCAAGACAGGAUAUAUUCGCCAACAUUUCUCGCCCUGAGGGGUGCAAGUCUUUACAAGUUUUUGGCACCUCCAGUGACCACCUGGGAUUGGACCCGUGCUGAGAAAACAUUUUCCAUUUAUGAGAUUAUGUGUAAGAUUCUUAAGGACAGUGACCUGCUGGACCAGAGAAAAUGCUGUUUCACCGUGCAAUCUGAGUCUGGAGAGGACCUCUACUUUUCCGUGGAGCUCGACUGUGACCUCACACAGUGGGAGCGAGCCUUCCAAACUGCAACCUUCCUUGAAGUGGAGAGGAUACAGUGCAAGACAUAUGCGUGUGUGUUAGAAAGUCAUCUAAUGGGACUCACUAUUGACUUCAGCACAGGAUUUAUCUGCUUUGAUGCUGCAACAAAGGCUGUACUUUGGAGGUAUAAAUUUUCUCAGCUUAAAGGUUCUUCAGAUGAUGGGAAGAGCAAAAUCAAAUUUUUGUUUCAGAAUCCAGACACUAAGCAGAUUGAAGCAAAGGAGUUGGAAUUUUCUAAUUUAUUUGCCGUACUUCACUGCAUACAUUCAUUCUUUGCUGCCAAAGUAGCUUGUUUGGACCCUCUGUUUAUAGGCAGUCAGGCUACUGCUUCCACUGCUGCCAGCUCUGCUACGACAAGCAAAAGCAAAGUAUCCAACUUGACACACUGA